AUGGCUAAACAACCUCCACCCACGCCAUCCGAAUUGCUCCGAAUGGUGACCGAGUUGCGGCAAGCCGUGGCCAAGGAGAACCAAAGAAUGGAAGAGGAGCAACCCGAACAUAAUGAGGAAGCUCAGAAAGACAUAGAGAAUGACAAUCAGGAAAGCUCCGCCGGACCAUUCACGGCGGAGGUGAUGAACUUCGUGCUACCCCGAAGAUUUACUCUGUUGACCACCCUAACUCCUUAUGAUGGGUUAGGUGAUCCGAAGAAAUACAUUAAGAAAUUCACCUCCAUAAUGAUAGUAAACGGUUCCAUUUCUCGAUUUCGAGACAUAUCAAAACCCUUUGAGGAGCACUUCGCUGGAUCAGCCAUCUACCUACAUGACUCCGAUUACCUGAACACAGUCAAGCAAGGCCAGCACGAAAGCCUCAAGGACUACAUGACGCGCUUCACAAAGAUAGCCAUGAGUAUACCCGACCUCCACCCCGAGGUGGAACUACACGCCAUAAAAAGCGAAUUACGACUAGGAAAAUUCCAGGAAUCUAUCGCUGUGGCCAAACCAAAAACUAUGGCCGAGUUCCGUGAAAAAGCUAAAGGACAGAUCGACAUCAAAGAACUCCGACAAGCUCGGAAACGCGAUGAUAUCAUCAAGGAGAUCUUGAACUUGAAAUUAAUCAAGCCACCAAGAAAAGCUGGCAAUUACCCAGAUUCAAAAGGCACUGACCGAUCAAAAUACUGCUCCUUCCACCAGAAGCAUGGACACAAUAUCGACGACUGCGUCAUCGCCAAAGACCUACUGGAGCGACUAACUCGACAGGGUCACCUAGACAAAUACAUCAGCGGCCACAUGCAGCGGCGAGCACCUCCUUCAGGAGACCAAAGCUCGGUUACACAACAUGGCCAAGAUAGACCGAACAAUAGCCAUCCUGAACUACCAACACGUACAAUUAACUGUAUUUCCGGAGGUUUUGCAGGUGGCGGAGCCACAAGCUCGGCAAGAAAAAGAUCUUACCAAGCUAUAUUUUCCAUCAGUGCCGAUCAAAGUCAACAGCAGCCGCUGCCGACAUCUCCACAGAUAACAUUCCAGACAGCCGAUCAUGACAACAGCGUAGCAAAUCUGGAUGAUCCCGUCGUAAUCUCCCUACAGCUCGGAGAUCUCCUAGUUAAAAAGGUGUUGCUCGACCCAGGCAGCAGCGCCGACGUUCUCUUUUACUCAACAUUACAGAAAAUGAAACUAAGCAAUAACGUCAUCCAACCUUCCACUGGUGACUUGGACAACACAAUUGCAACCAUUCACAGUGAUGCCCGAGAAGCCAGGGAGUGCUACAACAAUAGCCUCAAAACACCUAACCGUAACACAAAAGCCUAG